AUGGAACACAUACUUAGAUGCAAUGCACUGAAGUGUAGGAAGGAAUUGGGUGAUCGAGCUCUGGUAACCACUUGCAGCCACAUCUUUUGUACAGACUGCGCAUCCCGCUUGGGUCUGACGAACCCCAGUGGGAGUCACGAACACAGGAAUUCGUGCCUGGCUUGCGGAUCCCACUUGACAAACCCGGACGAUGCGGUCGUUACGAACCUCAAUCCCAGCGAAGACUACAAGACCAGUGUGCUCAGCGGACUUAGCCCGAACGUCAUUAUUGAGUGCGCCAGCCGUGCCUUGAGCUUCUGGGCCUACCAAACGACGCAAGAAAUCGUGUAUCAGGAGUACUUGGGCAAAACCCUCACGGAAAAGUACUCGAACUUGAGCGUACAUCUCGACAAGGUCAUCAACGAGGCGAACUCUCAGAUAUCGACCUUGCAGAAUAAGAUUGCAAAUCUGAAUGUCGACCAGGAGAACCUGGGCCGAAAGAAUGAUGAACUUGCCCAAGCCUUCAAAGAGAAGAACCGAAAGUUAUUGCAGACCCAGGAACUGUACGACAAAUUGAAACGCAAGGCCAUGAUGGGCCAGAUGCAGGAUGCUGCUGAAAAUGCGGUAGACUCAACCCUCAAUGCCACGACC